AUGGUGACGAUGGAGGAGACUACGAUGAUUCAGGAAAUGAGUGAUGUGGAAAGAAUGAACACUAGACAGCGUAGCUCAUACCUGUUGAGAAAAGAAUUCGACAGAAAGUACAGGAGUGGUGCAGCUUUGUGUGAAGACAUAUGCUUCAAUGAACCCGAAGUGGGUGCCUAUGGACUUAUGUGCCGGUGCUCGCCAUCAGCUAAGAAAAGCGGCCUACGUCAUAACGUCUUCCCUGGCGAAGCACGAAUCCCUAAUUGUAUCCCAAAUGAAAACAAUGCUUCAAAGCUUCACCAUUACGUGCUCGUCGUUAGAAGGCCAACGGCACCUCUUGGUGAGGGUACGCGCACUCGGAUAAACUACUCUGGUGAUUCGUACGUAUUCCAGGGCUUCUCUGUCUUCUUCCAUCGUGAGCUCCCAGCAGUUCUUCCGUUAAUGCCGGUUUCCCGUUGGAUCAACGAAUACGAGUUUCAUUUCGAAAAAGCACCAAUGAUAAACUGUUUCACCGUGGAGGAGCUUGACAUGUUCCAUCAGUACCUUUUCGUGGACUUAUUAGAACUCUACGAUGAGUCAUUACGUCCUUUCGGUGUUAGCGAUGGUUGUCCAAUUUACCAUGUCUUCUUCCAUCGUGAGCUCCCAGCAGUUCUUCCGUUAAUGCCGGUUUCCCGUUGGAUCAACGAAUACGAGUUUCAUUUCGAAAAAGCACCAAUGAUAAACUGUUUCACCGUGGAGGAGCUUGACAUGUUCCAUCAGUACCUUUUCGUGGACUUAUUAGAACUCUACGAUGAGUCAUUACGUCCUUUCGGUGUUAGCGAUGGUUGUCCAAUUUACCAUGUUAUGCCACGAUUCAUUUGCGAACGAGAUGGCGUGCAACGGUUGCUACCCAUGAGCAUGGUGGUUCGGUAUUUAUGUGAUUCAUUCGUUCCAAUUGUUAGUGAAAGAGAAGCGGAAACGCUCGCUUCUUGCACGGAAUCUGAAAUCACGAAAGCUUUAACAGCAAAGAAAUUCCAACUGGCGACAAAUCCGAGAAAGCGACCUUCCACUAUUCGCAUAGAUAACAUAAGGAGACCAUCGGCAGAAUUUCCAUAUUAUGCUAUUGAGCAUAAAGCAUCUCCCCCAAUAGCAUACGCAAAUUUGAAGAACCCCGAACUUGCGGAAGCUCAGCGUCGUCUCAACAAAUUGCGUCAUGCUCAGUCCAGCGCCAACUCAGGACAAUCACAGAAAGAACAUCUGGAGGAGAUGAACAGCCUCCUCAAACGGAUCAACGAGUUGAAACAGCAGCGUGCUAUCUCACUUAAUGCCACUAAGGUGAUCCCUUGUUCUGGUUUCUUAGCGACAGGAAUAUUCGCGGAUGUCACUGCACAUGUACUUCUCAUGAUUCUUGCUAUAAAGCAUGCGCGACUUCAUUGGUCCCUUUCGGAGUUCGAAAAGAUCAUUGACUACAAGUUUGCGAACCGCAGUCUGAUUGAGCUGGCCUUCACACAUCCAUCUUACAAAAACGAUUUUGGAACGAAUGUGGACCAUGUAAAAACUACGCUCACCAAUUGUUUGUUUCGCAGAUAUGCUCCGUUCACGGAAAAUAACGAGAAAAAGAAGGGAUUCCGUAAUCUGAUGCACAUUAUGUCACAAUCGGGAUCAAAUACUGCAGGGUUAUCAAAAGUGGCACAUAAUGAAAGACUCGAGUAUCUCGGUGAUGCUGUGGUAGAACUGAUAGUAUCAAGUCGCCUUUUCUUUAUUCUUCCUCAUCAAGAGGAGGGUGGUCUGGCGACCUACCGUAGUGCGCUCGUUCAGAAUCGUAAUCUCGCUGCACUUGGGAAGAAAUUGCGUCUCGGCGAUUGGAUGAUGUAUGCUCAUGGAAUCGAUUUAUGCGAUGAGGAGGAUUUUCGGAAGUCCUUGGCCAAUACAUUUGAGGCUGUUCUGGCUGCUAUUUAUCUAGAUGGAGGAAUCGAAGAGUGUGAUCGCAUUUUUGCUGAUGCAAUGUUUGGCGAUGAUGCUACAGUGAAAGAUCACUGGCUUAAUGUUCCUGAACAUCCUCUCAAGGUUGAGCAACCGAAUGGUGAUAGAAUGAUUAUUGAUGAUACCGAUGAGCUGUUGGAACUAACUGAUCUGGAGGAGAUCCUGGGAUUCCGUUUCCAAAAUAUUCGAUUGCUAGCCAAAGCACUCACUCGAAGAAACGUACCAUAUAACACACUUACUUGUGGAAAUAACCAACGCCUGGAGUGGCUUGGAGAUGCCGUUCUGCAACUUGUAAUUUCCAACUAUCUUUACCAUCAUUUCCCCAACCAUCACGAAGGACAUUUAUCGCUUUUGCGAACAUGCCUUGUCUGUAAUGAAACACAGUCUCAAAUUUGCGAAGAUCUCGGUCUCCACUGUUUCAUAAUACAUCCACCUGGAGGUGGCUCGCGUUUGCCGGAUCUCAGUUUGAAAGAUAAAGCUGAUUUGGUUGAAGCUCUUCUGGGAGCCAUUUUUGUUGACCGUGGCUGGGACUAUUGUCGAGCUUUCAUUUACAUCUGCUUUCUUCCUAGACUCAAACACUUCAUCGAAUCGAAGAAAUGGAACGAUUCUAAGUCGCAGCUGCAGCAGUGCUGCCUAGCGAUGCGAGAAUUGGACACUGGUGACUCAUCUGCUCCAGAAAUGCCAGAAUAUAGAACCAUUGGUAUUGAAGGUUCAACAAAUGCUCGUCAUUAUCGUGUCGCUGUUUAUUUUCGGAAUAUGCGUCUAGCAGUUGGCGAGGCAUGUACGGUUCAUCUAGCGCAAAUGAAUGCUGCCAAAAAAGCUCUUGAAGAAUAUAAAGAAAUGUUCUCUUCCAUAUCGAGGAAUAAUGUCAAGAAUGCCGCUAACGCGUUCAUGAAGAAACUUCAAGAGGCUCAACAGAGACCAUCAACGUAUACAUUGAACGAAGAACCACGUCCUCGACCGCCUCCACUGAUUGGUUCCGGAUCAGUACCUCUUCUGCCACCUCCACCGAAUUUGCGACGUGAUCCAAAAUCAGCGCCGCUUGCGUCAAAGCCUAAGACUCCCCAACAAAAGCUUGGCGCAGCAAGUCCGCUCGUUAAGCAAAUGCUUAACUCUGUGGCUGCGUCCUAUCGCCAGUUUUCCGCUGCUACGUCACUGCAGAAUGCAGUCGUACAACAGUCCCUUCGGCAUGCUACACCACUGUUUUCGUCCCAGACGCCGGUUAUGGUGAAUUCAUUUGGUACACCAUUGACCAUGGGUGGUUCCUACACAUCUCCGGCUCAAACUUCAAUCGGGGCGCUCACAUUUACACCUUCACUUUUCCAGAUUACUCCCCAAUAUGUGAGCCACACACAGGGAGGCUCACUGAACUCAUCUCUUUUGCAGUUUGGCGGUAUGUCGCAACCGUCAUCAUCCGCUCAGGGUCCUCAGCCUCUAUUUCCGAAAUUGACUAGGUCGGAAGCAGUGAGAAGAUCGCCCUCUCCGUCAACUUCAACGAAAAAAUGGGAACCAAGUGGCAAGCAGCAGCCUUCGAGGAGAGCAUUGAAGCGUCGAAGAGAAUCGCUGGCUGGGUCCAGGCAAAGAGAUCCGUCUCAUUCUCGCUCUUCAAGAAAAAAGUCGUUCAAAAGGAAUGAUUCGCGAAUGGAUAAACGUUCUCCUCAGCGCAGACAGGAACGAUCAGCGCGCUCUAAUCAUAAGCCAGGUGGCUCAUCACGUUUCAGGAAGGAGCGCUCAUCGAGGAAAUGA